AAAAAAUGUAUAGAGUCUAUCUAGUCUAGAUUUAGAGAUCUAGUUUUCUGAGUGAAACGUGGGGGAAUUAAGGAAGAGUCACUCUACACAAAGACAAGUUCUAGAUCUAUAAAUUCUAAAUCUCUAACUAUCAAGUAGAAAUCUACUCUAGAUCUAUAUGAUAAUUAUAUACAUAAGACACUAAGUCAUAGAAUCUAAAUCUAUAAAUAAAUAAUACUAGUGACAAGUGAGUCUGUGAGACUAGACUUAGACUGACACUGACUAGUCAGUAGUAGACUGAAGACUCUAAAUAACUAGACUAGAAGAUGGACAGAUCUAGAUCUAAUUUAAACAACAUGAAAGCUAAAUUAACUAGAGCUAGAGCCACACAGCUUUCAUCUUGCUUGCAAGAUCGCCACCAUGCUGACAAAAUCAAAGAAAAAAAAAGCCUGUCGGAAAAUGCCAGUCUAACUGAUUGCCAACUUGAAGACUUUUAUUGCAAGGUAGCAAAUGGACCAAAAGUUACUUCUCAAAUUCCUGAUGAUGGACCAUUUUGUGCAUAUGUUGGUAAUAUUUCAUCUGAUACCAAAGCGAGUGACUUGGAGCAGCUUUUUUCCAAAUUAGAUGUAGCAACUGUUAGAAUAAUGUGUGAAGGGGGGUGCCCUAGAGGAUAUGCUUACAUUGAUUUCAAGACAAAGGAGUCUUUACUGGAAGCUCUUACUUACAACAACAAGGAGUAUAUGGAUCAUUCAAUUUAUGUAGAUUUAGCCACAGAACAAAAUCAUGGAGCUACUGAUGAUUGUAGGGACCUCUCCAAUGAGCUUGACAUGACAGAUGGUGACUGGAGAGGUGACCCUGUUGACAUGGAAGAUUCUUACAGGGAAAUGUAUUCAAUAGGAUCCGUUCUUGAAUUCUCAUUAGGAACUAGCAAGCAUUGGGGGAUUUAUAUUGGAGGAGGGCAAAUAGUUCAUGCUGUGAUCAACAAUGAGAGUUCUGGAUUUUUUUCCAACUUUGUCAUCGAACUAGCUUCAAUUUGCAGAGUUGGCAGGCCAAAUAUGUACAUGGAUGAAGCCUAUAUGAAAUUAUUUUCAAAAGAAGCAGAUAGCCCGAAUGAAAUAGUGCGAAGAGCUUUACACCGAAUAGGGACAACAACUUCCAUGAACAAUCUACAAUUUGUGCAAUAUUGUCUUUAUGGUUCAAAUCACACACUACUGAAGGUUUUGGUGGCAGCACUAGCAGUUACAUUGGCAUUAAUGUAUCCUUCAGUCAUAAAGGCUGCCUUCAUCUUACUUGCAGAAUAUCAAAAUGUCAUCGAUGUGUUGUUUUUUUUAUUGUUUGGAUUUUUUUUGUCAGUAUGCAUACUGUCCCACCAGCCUGGAGAAAAUUUUUCUAGGCCUAGAGCACAAAAAUAGAGCCUGUAAAGUUCAACAUGGCACUGAGUUUAACUUAGUAGCCUUUAAAAACACCUGGUUGUUGGCUGGCAAAAUAUUUCAAGUUUUCAGGUUACUUCUGUAACAUUUAAGAACCCUAAUUUAAUUAUUGAUGUUAAAAUUUGUGAACUAUUUAUUUUUUUAAAAUCUUUUUUAUUUCAACUUUUAUCUUGGCUUCUUGUUUAAUUAGGGUAUUUAGAAUUAUUGUUUACCAGUUUCAUUCAGUCUUUUUCAUGUCAAUUGUAUUUUGUUCUUACUAUAUUCAAAAUCAUAUAUUUUUUUAAAGUACUGUAUACAUACCUACAUGCCAGUAGGAUUACAUUACUUUAUUCAGUUGUCAUCAGUUUCUUUUUUACUUGAUCUGUAUAUAUUUAUGAAAUGUUUUUUUUGUGUUAUGUUAAAACUCAACUUUAAGUUAUUUUUUUUAAAUGAAUGAAAAAAAAAUGUAUCACUUUAUCUGCAGUCUUAUUAAAAGUAGAUGAGUAUCAA